CUCCGGCAGCGGUGGGGGGGAGGGCCGGGGAGCGGUUCACCGCCCUCGGACGUCAUGCGUCCGCGUGCCCGACUCCCGGCUCAAAUAUCCGCUCCUCCUCGAGUCGGACAAGGGGGCACCCCCAUUGGCGAGCGCAGGUCCCGAGGCUGGAUAGGCACCGCCUAUUUUCGGGAUUGGGCCAGCCUCGUAUCUACCGGCCAAUGGCGCCCACCCCUGCUCUCGGCCACGCCCCAUCACUAGGCGCGGGCGCGCGGCCGGCUCGCGUUCCGGGGUCCCCGCCCCCUCCGUGAGCGCCGCUCUCCGCGGCCGCCACCGCCAGUAACCUGCGCCGCCAGGAUGUGGCUGGGGGCUGACGUCGGGUCCAGAUGUGGCCCCGGCCCCGCCCACCCCCGGGGGCCGGGCCGCCCACACCGAGCCGCGGCGCGCACGGCUGCUGUCCCGCCUGCCACAAUGCGCGGGGAGGCUGCGGCCGCAACUUGGCGCGGUUGUCCCUAACGUCGCCGCUCGGCAUCCAUAGGACAGGCCGCGCCUGACGCCAGGCGGGAACCCCACUGUCCGCGCCCCCCAUGCACUCACUCUUCGGUGCCCGGCUGGGCGGGCGUCUCGCGGACGCGGAGUCGCGCGGGUGACGGCAGAGGCGGCUGCGCGCCCAGCCCAGCCCGCGGUGAGGGCGCGCCGCGCACCCGCCCCCCACAGCUCUCCCGAGGCCGUGGGUGCGGAUGCACCGCUGACGACUCGCAGCGCCGACCAGAGCCGCCUGCCGGGUGGCCGGAGUCCGCAGCAUGGCAGCCGCCGCCUAUGUGGACCACUUCGCCGCUGAGUGCCUCGUGUCCAUGUCGAGCCGCGCGGUCGUGCACGGGCCGCGGGAGGGGCCGGAGCCCGGACCCGAGGGCGCGGCCGCCGCUGUUGCUGCCACGCUGCCCCGUGUCGAGGAGCGUCGCGACGGCAAGGACAGCGCCUCGCUCUUCGUGGUGGCGCGGAUCCUGGCGGACCUCAACCAGCAAGCUCCAGCGCCGGCCGCGGUGGAGCGCAGAGAGGGCGCGGCAGCCCGGAAGGCGAGGACCCCCUGCCGCCUGCCGCCUGCACCUCCACCCGCUCCCGAGCCCGCUUCCCCCGGAGGCGAAGGCGUAGCGGCCGUGCCCCUCAGUCCCGCGUGGAGCGAGCCCGACCCCGAGCCGGAGGCAGGGCUGGAGCCCGACCGAGAGCCGGGGCCCUCGGGGAGCGGCGAGCCCGGCUUCAGACAAAGAGGCCGGCGGGGCCGAAGUCGCGCCGACCUCGAGUCCCCGCAGAGAAAGCACAAGUGCCACUACGCGGGCUGUGAGAAAGUUUACGGGAAAUCCUCGCACCUCAAGGCGCACCUGAGAACUCACACAGGUGAGAGGCCCUUUGCCUGCAGCUGGCAGGACUGCAACAAGAAGUUCGCGCGCUCGGACGAGCUGGCACGGCACUACCGCACGCACACGGGCGAGAAGAAGUUCAGCUGCCCCAUCUGCGAGAAGCGCUUCAUGCGCAGCGACCACCUGACCAAGCACGCACGCCGCCAUGCCAACUUCCAUCCAGGCAUGCUGCAGCGGCGUAGCGGGGGCUCGCGGACCGGCUCCCUCAGCGACUACAGCCGCUCCGAUGCCAGCAGCCCCACCAUCAGCCCGGCCAGCUCGCCCUGAGCCCGCCUGGCCGCCGCGGGGCAGCCCCGUAGCACAGCCCCACCAGCCUGUCCGCGGGCCUGGCUGCCGCCGCUGUCCGGUGCCCCAGGCCGAGGACCCCUCCCAUACCACAGCCAUGAGCAGAUGCUCUCACGUACUCUAGUGAUUCUGUGUCUUCUCCUUUUGUACUAAGAAGAGAGAACUUGGUCAACAACAAAGCCCCAAUUUUCUUCACCUCAGGUGUCAAAGUAAAUUUGUAAAAAAACAAAAAAUUUUCAAAAAACACCAUCCACAAAUUGCACAAUAGACAUAGUCACGAAGGUGAGAUUCAGCGGUGUUGAACCCCCCCCUUUCUCAGGGAUGGACAUCUUCCACGAGGUCAGUGAGGACACCCCCUUCCUGCCGCCUUACUCUGUACAUAGAUUUGCACUCUGGAGUUUUCUGUUAGGUUGGGAACACACUGGCGAUGGAGCAGGCGAAGCAGUGCAGGUGGAGCUCAGCGUCCGGCCUGCAGGUCAGUCCGUUGGUCCAGCUGGAGCAGGCGGGCUCACUGACAUUUGUGCUUCCGGGGCAGAUUCCUGAGCAAGGGGCCCCACGUCUCCCCCCUCCUGCCCACCCACCCAGCCUCCAGCCUCUGCUCCCAAGGGCCCCACUGGGCCCAGUACAUGAAUGGUUCAGAGGGAUGCCUUAAGCUGUGCUGGGCAAAAGAAGCACCGCACCUGGAGACACUGCAGAGGCCCCUGCCCUUCGUGGGGCUCUGUGCGUCUCUCUCUCUCUGCCUCCAGGAGCCCUUCUUGGGGGCCUCUUGGAGCACUGGAAGGAGACGCAAGCCCCAGGUGGGCAGACCACUGCACCAUCGGUCAUCCACCGUGACAGCCUGGGCCAUGAGGUACAUGCCCCACACGGGGAUGACUGCUCACUCUGUGUCCCUGCAGAAGACACACAGGGACCUUUCACUUUGCCGUGUUCCCUGGCCAGAAAAUAGAGCCUGGAAAUCUGGUCAUCUACAAAGAUGUCUGAUAGUGUUGGUGCACCCGGAUCCCUUGUUC